ACCAACACACACAAAUUUGAGAAGAAAAUAAUAAAAAUCAAAGGGAAACAAGAAGAUAGACCUUUAUUCCUGAAAUUUUUUCUCUGAUGUAUACAAUGAUAAUGAAACCAAAGCUCCAAAAGCAGAAAUCUUUCAACGAGCUAUCAAUUAGAACCUCGAACCGGCAAACUCGAAUAUCACCUCACUCUAUCGAUGGUUUCGGGAAUGAUAUUCUACCUGUUUCUAUGAAGUUAUUUUGGCUGGAAUUUCGUGUUAAAGGGUGGUGAAGUGGGGCUAUUCUAUGACUGAUUUUUUAUGGUUAAAGGUUUACAUGGCUUUUUCAUGGCUGAUUUUUGUAGCAACUAUAGAGGGUUUUGUUGGUGGAUGUUUCGCUGGUAUUUCAGCAGUGUUUUGGAGUCAUUUUAGGGACAGUUUUCAGCUCAUUUUUGGAGCUGAAAUGGGUGGCUUUGGAGGUCGUUUUGGGGCUAUUUCACAGCUGGAUUUUGCUGCUCUUUGCAGGAGUGUUAGAAUGAGCUAAACAGCUGAAAAUCAACUCAAGAAGGAGUAAUUUUGGACAAGGACCAUAACAAGGACAAAAGGGCACAAUGCGGACCACAAAAUACUGAGUGGGGCCGCAGAACAUGAAGAGAACCUCUGACAGACUCUCUUUGCAAAGUGCGGACCGCACAAUUCUUGUGCGGCUGCAGAAGAUAAAGCUCAGAUAGAUGGGAUUUUAGGUCAUGAAGAAAUUCUUCAUGCGGACCGCACCAUUAUUGUGCAGCCGUAUAAUCAAGAGCGCGAACGUACUAAAAAAUGUGCGAUCCGCAUAAGUCAUCCUUUGCCAAAGUCCAAGGUCAUGAAGUGCGAAGCGCACUAUUAUUUUGCGCCUGCAGAAGCAAGACUGCAACCGUACUCAUAAAUGUGCGGUCCGCAGAAGUUGAAGAAGUGCGGCCGCAACCGAGAAUUAUCUGGCCGUAGAGGUCCAACCUGUCAAGUCAAGUUUCAAAAUGCGGAUCGCACACAGAAUUGUGCAACCGCACAACCUCCGUAGGGGCAAUUUUGUCUGAUAAUUUUAGCUGAGUAUAAAUAGAUUUUUUGUCAUUUUUAGGUUACGUUUUGUGCACCUGAGAAUAGAUAUUUGU